CAUUCGCUAUCUUACGUUAUACCAACGAAAACAAUGAAAGCCUUUUGACCCUUUUCAAUUUUGUGUGGGGUUUAUUUUUUUUUUUAUCUAGCUUUCAUUGAUUCUGUUUGGGAGUAUAGGCUUCCUGAUUUUUUCUCUGGGGGUGUUUUUUUCUAGACUGAGAUAGCUUGAAUCAUGCGCACAAAUGAAAGACCGUAAGAAGAGAACCAUGAAUAGGAACAAAAGCCAAGUUUAUGACUCUUCCUCCGUUGACAUGGAAAGGUGCCCUCCCAAACCCAUUCCCAAGAGGAUUUAUCAAGUUUGGAAGGGAAACAAUAAAUUUUGUUGUGGUGGGAGAAUGAUCUUUGGCCCCGAUGCAUCAUCACUAUUUUUAACAUCAUUUCUAAUCGGAUGCCCUGCAAUAGCAUUCUGCUUAAAGGUGGCGGUGAUCAUCAAUCAAGACGAUCCGGUUUUCAACUAUCAUGCAUUUUUGGGGGGACUCAUCCUCACUGUUUUGGAUUUCGGGUUUCUACUCCUGACAUGCAGUAGAGAUCCGGGAAUAAUACCUAGAAAUUUGAAAUCGCCGCCGCCUGAAUCGUCGGAGGAAUCGAUUAAUUACAUGACAAAGAGUGCAUCCAUGGAGUGGGUCCGUAGUCAAACUCCAAACCUCAAGAUACCAAGGAUUAAGAAUGUGAUGGUGAACGGUCAAACGGUUAAAGUCAAGUUCUGCGAGACAUGCUUGCUCUAUCGUCCGCCGCGUGCUUCUCAUUGCUCCAUCUGCAACAACUGCGUCCAGAGGUUCGACCACCACUGUCCAUGGGUGGGUCAGUGCAUCGGAGCACGCAACUACCCAUUCUUCCUUUGCUUUAUAUCAUCAUCGACUGCCUUGUGCAUAUAUGUGUUCGUGUGCUCUUGGGUGAACAUUCUUGGACAACACUGCGGCUUGUGGACUGCCAUGUCUCGUGAUAUACUAUCGGUCAUUCUCAUCGUCUACUGCUUCAUAGCGGUCUGGUUUGUUGGUGGCCUAACAGUUUUCCAUUUCUACCUCAUUUUCACCAACCAGACAACCUACGAGAAUUUCCGGUACCGAUACGAUGAGAAGGAAAAUCCCUUUAACAAGGGCAUAUUAAGCAACUUGAAAGAAGUGUUCCUGUCCAAGAUCCCACCUGCAAUGAUCAAUUUUCGGGCAUGGACUGCUGAUGACGACGACUUUUCAGAAGUGUCGACCAUCAGAGAUGACAGCCGGGCUGGGGAUUUCAUUGCUUCCAAGGAGAAGUUUGACGUGGACAUGGAGAGCGCUAGAGCUCCAAAUUCUUUGGAGAGGUUCGACUUCGGUGGCUUUGAUAAUAUAUAGUUUAAGGAGGAAGG